UUCUGGUUGUUUCCAGUUUCGUUCUCUUAGUAGGCCAGUAAACAGCGCUACCCUAGCAACCGGCCCCGUUUUGUGGCCCAAAACGCUCAGUAGGCUGGUUAUUCCCUUUCGAGCAACAAAUCGUUUAACAAGCAGUGUAAAGUGUGCACCUGGCUGCAGCAGCAAAUCUCCUUCAAAAUGUCCGAAAAGUAUCUUCGCCAGCAAAAUCUGGUGCUGCUGCCACCGGAGCAACCGAAGUACACGCCGCGCGACUGGAAUGCGAACAAUCGGCGGCAGAAUCUGUUCUCGCUCGAGCAGCAAGCACUGGCGGACCGUGUGAUAAGCGAAAGUGAUCGAAUUAUCGACGAGACGAAGCACACGACGGAGGAGAGCAAAAGUGAGGUCGACUUUCGGCUUCGCGAGCGCAUCGAGGACAUCCAGUUCCGGCGCGACGAGCUGCAGCAGCAGAAGAAGGACGCCCACAUCGAGGAGGAAGCGCUGAAGGUGUACAAGCGGCGCACGAUCGAUGCGAUCAACACGCUGCGGGAAAUUGCGGUGCCCCUGUGCCAGAAGUGCAUUGCGCUGCGGGAAAAGCGCACGGGCUCGGACCUGGUGAACGAUGCGGUCGAUCGGGAGCUGCGGAAGGAGCUGGACGUGACGGAGGGUGGGAUCGCUUUGCUGGAGAAGGUGCUGGAGGAGACGGUGGAGCAGAUCCGGCGGCUGCGGGCGACCAUCUAUCUGAUCGACCGCGAUCUGGCGGACAAGGACCGGUCGAUUAAGAUCGAUGCGAAGAAUCUGGAGCUGCGCCCGAACCAGAUGGAGAUGAAGAUCUACGCCGGUCGGGUGCCGUUGGAUCCUUACAACUCCACGGACGAGGAAUGGAUCAUGGUAACGAACAGGAACAUUGAGGCAACGGCCAAGGAGAUCAGUUCCGCCCAACCGUUGCGCUCCUACGUCGACCAGCUGCUGCGCCAGGUGGCCGAGGACAUUCGCACACAGGUCGAGCGCACCAACGCCGCGUUCCGGGAGCGUGUGGCCGAAAUGCGCUACACCAAAACGAAGCUCGAGAACGUGCACAAGGAAACGGUACGCCAGGUGAACGAGCUGACGCGCACCGUUACCCGGCUGGAGCGUGAGAUUGCCGAGAAGGAGGGCUACGUAGCGUUGGCCCAAACGCGCCUAGCGAACCGUUCCCAGCGCCCCGGCAUUGAGCUCUGCCGGGACAAUGUGUACGAAGGGUUGAAGAAGGAGCUGGCCGCACUGCGCGGCACGAUCGCCAAGCUGGACGGUAGUUUGGUCCGGUCGAAGGCCACCCUGCGCUAUCUGCUCAACACGCAGGUGAUGCAGGAGGAGGAAAUCAACCUCAAGACGGAAUCGCUACGCAUCGACGAGGUGGACUGCAUUACCAUGCGCGAAAGUUUCAAAUUUCAAUCGUUUUAAAUUAACCCAACAAGAACCGAAAUAAAUUAAAACCCUCCACGUGGCUGCGACCCCAAAGAUUCCUUUUUUUUCCUUUCCUUUUUUGGGGGGACAAUCGCUACAAGUUUAACGCUAGAUAAUAAUGAUUUGCUUUUAUUAUUUUUGUUGGUUUUUGUUUGUGUGUGAGUGUGUUUGUCGCGUUGUUUUGUUACCUUCUUUUGCUGCUUUAUUUUUUCUUACUUUCUUUGAGUUUUUCCUCGCUUUUUCUUGUUUGCUUUAGAUUAUAGUAUCACUAUCUUCUUCCUUCUAGCGCGUGUGUGUUUUCUUGUGUGAGUGUGUACUGUUUUGCUCUCUUACGUGUCCUUACGAUCCUUUUUCUUUUUUUCUUCUUCUUUAACAUGCAAUACAAGUUAGGAGUUGGUUGGUUGGUGGAAUUG